GUUCCCCACAAACACAGUGGAUGGAGUGAAGCGUUAAUUUAAACGACUCGUUCACGAGCUGCCCACCACUACAAUAUUGGUGUUCUGUGCUGCGGAGGUUAUAUCACAGAACAGAACACGCGGGAAUACGUUUUGCAAUGGCAGCUCUUGACUUUUAUGGUAUACCAGGGAGUCCACCCUGCAGAACAGUUAAGAUGGUAGCUGCUGCCAUUGGUGUGAAACUUAACAGCAAGUUUGUAGACCUUGAUGCUGAAGAACAUCUGAAGCCUGAGUUUCUGAAAAUGAAUCCCCAACAUACGAUUCCUACAAUAGAUGACAAUGGUUUUUAUCUUUGGGAGAGCCGUGCUAUAGCUGCUUACUUAGUGGACCAGUAUGCCAAAGAUGAUUCUCUGUAUCCCAAGGAUGCUAAGAAGAGAGCUCUUGUGAAUCAGAGGCUUUUCUUUGAUCUUUCAACACUUUAUGAUGCCUUUGCUGAUUAUUAUUACCCAGUAUUGUUUUAUGGAGCACCAAAGUUUGAUCCAGAAAAGUUUAAGAAAAUAGAACAAGCCUAUGAUUUCCUAAAUACUUUCCUCGAAGGAAAGGAAUGGGUGGCUGGAACGUCUAUGACUAUUGCUGAUUAUUCCAUGGUAUCUUCAGUUGGCACAGCAGAAGCUGUUGGUUUUGACUACAAGAAAUAUUCUAAUGUUCUUGCUUGGUUUGAAAGAGCAAAGAAGGCAAUAAAGUCAUAUGAUGAGAUUUAUCAUCCAGAUGCCAUGGUGUUUAAGAAGUGGUAUGACGACGCAGGUGCUGGUGACAAAAAAUAGUCCUAUGUAUUUCAAAUAGUCCUAGCUAUUUUGUCUUCAGACUAUCUCAUAGGACUUCCUCUUUGUAUUAGAAAAAAAUGUUUAAUAUGUACAAAUAAAUCAGUUAAUUCAAACUGUGCAUGAUAACAUUUCUCAAAAUACUUGAAAUUUAUUCUGAAUGUAUAUCCAGUAAACUAAAUGAUCUGCUAUUUUUGAUUGAAAUAUUUUCCAUUAGCACUUAUAUGCACAAGAAAAAAGUACAUAGUUUACGACCAGUGGUUCAACUUCGCGAGGUAAUUUAAUGAUGCAAAAUGAUAUUUUGGAAGAGUCAUUGAGAUUUUAUUAUUACUAUUUCUACAAUUACGUGAACUGUCACAGUAACAGGUUAUAAUUUUCAUUGUAUGAAAUUAUAUACCUCAUAUGUAAAUUGAAGCUGGAUGGG